AGGCUCGGGCUGGCUCUCAGACUCUUCAUCUCCACACAGUCAGAGUGAACUGCGGGGGCAGACGGAGCGGAUAGCUGCGGUCCUCGACAGCGGUCUCGGCCUCCAACAAGGACCUCGUAUCGAGCCGUGUCGACUCACAGCUGCCGUGGUGGUUCGGCCUCGGCCCGCCUCUCUCCGGACCUCGCUCGCUCGGAACUUUUCGCCCCUCCGGAGUUGGGAGAGCCCUCGGUGUUGGUCGGACAUGGCCAGUCGGCGAGCCGCUGCGGGGAGCGACCGGCCGGUGUUCGCUCAGUAGCCACGGGAAUAGAACAGACAACUGGGACUUUUGUUUUCUCCUUUUUUUUUCUUGUUUUUGUUUGACUGGAUGUUUGAUGAAGCGCUUCGACAUUUUGCUCAAUUCUGGGACACUGUGGAUUUACCAGCGUCGGGGGCGGAGAGAUACUCUUGAUUCACGGUCGACGGCGAGAAGUGUUGACGCUUCGAAAGUUGGAGGAAAAACAUGGAGACAGUAAGUCGGCAGAGCUUCCAGCCUCACCCGGGACUGCAACAGACUCUCAAGCAGUUUCACCUCAGCUCUAUGAGCUCCCUGGGCGGACCGGCGGCGUUCUCUGCCCGGUGGCAACAUGAGCUUCUCUUCAAGAAGGACGGCAAGGAGCCCGAGCCGGUCCUGCAGCAUCUGCCGCCGCCGGCCAUGCCGGGCCCGCUGUUCAUCCCGUCGGACCGCUCCACCGAGAGGUGCGAGACGGUGCUCGAGGCCGAGACCAUCUCGUGCUUCGUGGUCGGCGGCGAGAAGCGGCUGUGCCUGCCGCAGAUCCUCAACACGGUGCUGCGGGACUUCAGCCUGCAGCAGAUCAACGCCGUGUGCGACGAGCUGCACAUCUACUGCUCCCGGUGCACGGCGGACCAGCUGGAGAUCCUCAAAGUCAUGGGGAUCCUGCCCUUCUCGGCGCCGUCCUGCGGCCUCAUCACCAAGACGGACGCCGAGCGGCUCUGCAACGCCCUGGUCUACGGGGGCGCCUACCCGCCGCGCUGCAAGAAGGAGACGAGCGGCGGCUCGCUGGAGCUGCAGCUGGAGCUCACCGAGGGCAGCCUCAAAGUGUACCACGAGUGCUUCGGCAAGUGCAGGGGCUUGUUCGUGCCGGAGCUGUACACCAGCCCCGGCGCAGCGUGCAUCCAGUGCAUGGACUGCAGACUCAUGUACCCGACCCACAAGUUCGUGGUGCACAGCCACAAGGCGCAGGAGAACCGGACUUGCCACUGGGGCUUCGACUCCGCGAACUGGAGGGCGUACGUGCUCCUGGGCCAGGAUUACACGGGGAAAGAGGAGACGGCCCGCCUGGAGCAGCUCCUGGACGAGAUCAAGGAGAAAUUUGACUUCGCCAACAAGUACAAGAGGAAAGCAUCGUCCAGGACAUCUGAACCCAUCCCGAUCAAAAAGUCCAAACAUGAAGACUUCCCAUCGCAAUCUACACUUUCCGAUAAAGAAAAGCAACACGACUGGCUACAAUCCCUGUCCGCCUCUGCUAAGGGGCUUAACUGCAUUCAGCCCAGGCAGAGGCCAUCAGCUUUCAGGCCCUGGUCCCCGCACAUUUCUGCUGGUGAUAAGGAGCCCUCCAGUCACCCCCUGGCCCUGCUGAGAGACAGCUUCUACAACUACAAGAGUCUGGAGAACGGCGUGGCUCCCAAUGUCGCCCUCACACCACUGCCCCUGGGGAAGGUGGGUCCCAUGUCCCUAUCAGUACCCAGCACCUCCCACCCAAGUGGAGGUGAACCCCCAGGUGAAGGAGCCAACCCGAGGCCCCGGAAGAGAAAAGCCACAGAGGAGCUCCUGCCACCGGCAACAGAGGCCCCCUGCCCUCCGCCCUUCACUGCCAGCAAGCCACUGGCGCCUCAGGAGGACAAAGACUCUGAGGUGGAGAUCGAAGUGGAAAGCCGUGACGAGUUCACUUCAUCCCUCUCCUCCCUGUCGUCACCAUCUUUCACCUCAUCCAGCAGCUCAGCCAAGGACUUGAGCUCGCCAUGCACUCAAGGGCCCAUCUGCACUGUCACGUCGGCCGAGGGCACUGCCCCUGCAGCUGCACCCAUUGCACCCAUCACAACACCUGUAACCCCUCCAGAGCUUGGGUUGGAGUCGGAGCUGGAGAGCCUGAGGCAGGCACUGGACAGCGGACUCGACUCGAAAGAGUCAAAGGAGAAGUUUCUGCAUGAGAUUGUUAAGAUGAGGGUGAAGCAGGAGGAAAAACUAGGAUCGGCCCUGCAGGCCAAACGCAGCCUCCAGCAGGAGUUAGAAUUCUUGCGGGUGGCCAAGAAGGAGAAACUGCGGGAGGCAACUGAGGCUAAGCGGAACCUGAGGAAGGAAAUUGAGCGUCUGCGGGCCGAGAGCGAGAAGAAGAUGAAGGAAGCCAACGAGUCGCGGAUCCGUCUGAAGCGGGAGCUGGAGCAGGCCCGACAGCUAAGGGUCUGCGACAAAGGCUGUGAGGCCGGACGUCUUCGCGCAAAAUACUCGGCACAGAUCGAGGAUCUCCAGAUGAAGCUGCAGCAUGCAGAGGCCGACCGCGAGCAGCUCCGAGCCGACCUGCUGCUGGAGCGGGAGGCCAGGGAGCACCUGGAGAGGGUGGUGAAGGAGCUACAGCAGCAGCUCUGGCCCAAGUGCAACAGUGACAAGGACGGGACGCCCAAGGACACGCCGGCAGACAAGUAACCUAGCAGCUAAACUCACCCCACCACUGUCCAUCAUGCUCGCCCUCCAGAAUACAAUAAUCAAACACCCUCACCCUCUGACCACAGACAAAGAGAAGACAAAAAGACCUGUGUCCUUAUCCAUGCUCAUGAAAAAACAAGUGAAUGUUUCCCUUGGAGAGAGUCUGGAACAGCAAAAUACAAUUCUGCAACCUGGAAGCAUGUGUUUCUGAAUCAAGCACUGACUCGCACCUUCCACACUCACAGAACGCAAAGAAACCGGAUCACAGGAAUGACAGAAAAACACGUGUAUAGCACAAAUUGUGGUUGUGCCUGUAUUUUCACUGACAAGAAAAAAUUAAGUGAGACUUUUUGACACAUGUCCAUGAUAAUUAAUGCUAAAAGAUGAUCAUAUUAUAUUAGAGCUACACAGCUGUUGAGAGGUGUCAUAGCGGUGCAGCCAGGAGGGCAGGGCUCGCACUCUACCUACAGUCUCCACCACGUCCAUUGCCAGGACAAGGAUGACUUUGAAGACAUUAUAAGCUAUAUUAGAGACUACAUAGCGAUAUGUAAAAAGAAGAUGAAAGACAGUUACUUUGUUUCUCUGUGCUCAUGGAGUUUGAAAACAUAAAAGAUAUAAAUACAUCAGAGGAUGAACAAAACAAGCAGAUGAACUUUCCACAGCGCCACCAUGGUUUUGCCAGUUUUUCAGGAAGCCAUCAUCUCCCACUGAGGGGGAGAAGCAUUGAGUUUGAAGUCUGUGCGACUUGUCUUUCCUUCCUGUUGUCGUUUUAUAAAAACAAUUGUGUAGUUCUCAGAGCAGGACGGGGCGGGAGGGAUCGGGGGUCAAUAUUUUUCUCUCUUUGCAUCGAACCCUGGGGCGGAUAUUGGAAAUUAAAACAUGCUGUGUUGAAGGCACCUUUUUUAGCGAGCACUUGUUUUGGAUGAUCAAUAACAAUAUCCAAUAGUCUCCAUCUCAGUGUUGCUCCCAACAGGUUACACACACACUGGCUGCCAUGUGUGUUUCAUAAGCAUUUUGGCGUCUUUUAUCUUCGCUUCAAAAAGAGCGAUGUCAACCAGCAGGUUUUUUCUCCAUAUGACACCAGAAUCAUCAUCUGAGAUCAUAGCGGACCGGGUGGGGUGUCCUUAGCAAGAACCACAAAAUGUUCAUUUUAAUUAAAUUAAGGUAUGUAAAUAUUAAUAUGUUUUUUUUUCUUUUUACUUUACAAUAAUGAAUCGCACUUUGUCAUAACAAAAAUACUGUUUUAAUGCAUUGUACUCCCACUAUUGUCUUCAAUCUUACUUUGAAAACAUCAUUUUAUCGUGACUGCUACCAUAUAAAUCCAGUAAGCAUUUUGUUGAUUAUAUGCAUCUUCAAUAGAAAAAAACAUUGUUCUGUUUUGUCAAGAUAAAGUUUUGUAAAUAAAGGAAAAAAAAAGGCUCUACCUGUUGCUUGGUGACGCAGACUGGGGUUGUUCGAAAGUGUUUGGGGACAUUUUCCCAUUAUUGUAAAAUAAAAGCACAACUGUUGCUUAACCACCAAGUUAAAACUUGUAACAAAUUUGACAGAAGAAAAAAAAAAUUCAUUAGCAGCCUACUGUAAAUAACCAAGGUGAAUUUUUAUAGAAGCCCGAACAGAAAUCACAUGUUCAGAGAUUCUAAUCACUUUUUCUUCAGGAGCAGAGACCAUGACUCUGCUUUCACACAGUGGGUACAAUGCAAUCAGAAUGUACAUUGUGUUAAUGCUAAUUUUUCUUUGGUUGUUGAUGUUGUUUUUUAAAUGUGGAGAUAUUUUAAUGCUUGUCUGUUAUGUUCACUUUUUUUCAAUAGAAAACUCAUAUUUUCUUUAUGCAUGAACUUUGAGAAAGUUUGCCAUACAUAUAGUCAGUUAUUGGGCAUUUGAUACUGUACAUCUAAGGGUUUUUGUGUUAUGCAACAUAAAGCAAUUUAUCUUAUUUAGAAGAGGAAGAAGAAACUGUUGUUCUUAGGACAAAACACAACUUCACACUAGCAAAAAACAAAAGACCACAAAAAAAGAAGAAGAAAUGAAAUGCAGUGCUGGACAACCUCAAGUGCCUGAAUGUGGGCGAAAGGUUUCCAGAGUAGGAAAACUGAUGAUGAAGCUGUUGGGGCGGGUCCUCUCAUCAACUUCCUGUUUGCAGGUUUUCAAAUUAAAUGACCCUCCCUCGCUCAGUGGCUAUUUUUAUCAGUAUUCCUAAAACCAAUCAGUUUACAAACUUCUUUUAUUUUUCAAUGCAGAGAACAAUUGAACAAAUGUAAGAUGCUUAUGGCUUUUUUUUCUUGGAUGAGUGUUUUUUAAAGAUUCAUUUGAAAUCAAUGAUAUGCAUGUUCAAACAAUUUUUAUAGAAGAUCUUGAAAAGCCACUUGCGUCGGUGAAUUGUUACUUUUGGUUGUACAUAAAGACGUAACUGUUUGUUCCCAGUUUGCUGACUUGUCCCGAGGCGGACCUGUCAAGGAUAAUAAAGAGGGCAUUAUGUUAAAGGCCCGUUUCUUAUCCGACAUAACUGAUGUUGCUCAGAGAACGACACUGCGUCUGUGACUUUGGCAGAACUUAAAUUGGUACAUUUUGUAGUUGUUUUUACACUCAAAGGCCUCUGUGUAGUUUACUUUACUCAUGGUUUUCUACAAAAAGAAGGGAGACAAAAACAACAUUGGCUCUUCACGCUCCCACACAAAAAUAAAAAAGCAGUUUAACCACAACUUUUUUUCUAAAGAAGAAUCAUUUUGCUAAAAAAAUGGACAGUAAAGCAGCAAUAACAGUCCAUAUUGAUAGAGAAAUACUAGCCAGUGUGAAGAUUUGAAUAAGAAUUUUCAAAUGUAAAUAUUUUUUUCAUUUACUAUAUUGUAUAAUAUAUGUACAUGGUGUUUCCUUUUUCAAAUUUUUUUUUUCUUACAAUAACUGUCUUGUUCUUUUUUUGUGUGUUUUAACUGAGAAUUUUCACAAACAGUUAAUGCAGUGCGUAAGAGAAUAUUCCCUACAUAAAAAUGUUAAUCCAUUUCUUUCUUUUUGUUUACUGUAGAGUCUUUAUAUCGAAUAACGUUUUUUCACCAAUUCAUAUAUAUUUUUAACAGUAUGUUCAGUAUCAGACAGCAGACCUACAGUAUGGGUCACAUACACUCUCUCUCUCUUUUUCUCUCUCUCUCUUUCUUUCUCUCUCUCUCUAUCUCUCUCUCUCUUUCUUUCUCUCUCUCUCUCACACACACACACACACACACACACACACACACACACACACACACACACAGAGAUUUCCCUCUAAUCUUCAUGUAUCUUUUUAGCCCUGUGGUGCUGCUAAUACUAUAUUAACCUUACAAUUCUAGAAAUAUUUUUAUCUAAGAGGUAAAUGUAAGCUCCGAGUUAUUAAUUCCACAUAUACAGUAUGAAAAAAAAGCUUGGCUUGUUCAUCUAUCUCCCUUGUUUCCCUCAUCUUUUCAUACCGUUGUCCUCAUCUUUCCAACAACACUCUUUCCUUUCUCUCACGACACGGACUAUAUUGUAAAGUAAAGGACUUUAUGAGAUUAUGUUUGAAAAUAGCUAUGCUUAUAUACUACAGUGACCGAAUGUACAGUGUAUAGAUGCAUUACCAGAAAUAAAGUUGUUUGUCCAGA